CCUGCGUGUCUUGUUAAACGUGUUGGGUAUAUGUUUCCAGAGCUCUGCUGGAUCGUUUGUUUGGCAUGUCCGGGUUUACCGCUGGCUAAUAAGCCUCACUGUUUUGUAAUGUAAAGUGCAGCAUGGCUAACAGUUAAAGCUAAUACUCAAUAAAGGGAUACGCAGCUCAGCAAAGGAGACAUCUGGCGUCUUUUAACUAAAGGGAUCCCCUAAACGACCAGGAGGGUGUGCAUGAUGUCUAUUGAUUUUGACAGUGCUGCUCUUCAAACACAACACGAUGAAGAGGAAUACGACCAAGAGGACUACGCGAGAGAGCAAGAGCUGCACAAGCUGCUCACAGACCUGCCUGAUGACAUGCUUGAGGACAGCAUUGACUCUUCCUCCCCAGAGCUGGAUUACACUGCCUGCAGUAAUAAAAACACUGGCAACAGCCCACAGUCCAGCUGGACUCGGCAGUGGUCUGAUCAUCCAAGGCCAGCCCCUCAUACACAGAACUAUGAAGAUCACUAUGAUGAAGGGUUGAACAAUGCGUAUGCAUAUAAGGAAGGAGCUGCUCAUAUUAAUGGACAUCGGAGUCCCCCUCAAAGUCAACCUUUGCCUCACACCUGGAACCAGGAUCAUCAGUUCACACAAGCAGAUUAUACAUGCACAAGCAUGGGCACAGACAAAAUGACAGAGACCAGUGAUUUUUCCACUGAGUUUGAGUCUAAACCAUACCCUCAGGGUGCUAGUAAUCAUGUGCAAUAUAAUGGAGAAAGAGGAUACAUGGACAAGCAAAACCACCAAUUUCAAUCUGAAGUAUGUGACAGAGGUGCAAAUCAGUACAAGGUGAGCUACAAUCCUCAUCAUCCUGCCCAGCAGCCAAACAUGUUUAAGCCACAGGCUGCUCCGCAAGGUCAGUUUGACCAUCUGCAGAGAGAUUUCCUUGACUCGACACAACAAAAUGCUGACCGGGAGCAGCUUGCCCAACUGCAGAUUUUGAACAAAGCUCAACAGAGGCAAAUUGAAGACUUGGAGCGAAAACUUGAGGAUUCACGGCGUAACAUGAGAUACCUCGAGCAUCAGUUUGUAAUCGUCAAAGAUGAAAAGGACGGCCUAGCAGUAAGUUUAAAGGAAGCGAGUCGAUUGAUUGAAGAAGCCAAGGAAAGAGAGGUCCAAAUGCAAAACAAGCUGAAGGCAAUGGAGCAGCAAGUACAGAUCCUCACUGAGAGAGACCACGAGAACAUGAAGAAACAGAGGGUGGCAGAUGCUGCGGUAGACAGCAUGAAGCAACAGAUGUUGGAGCUUCGCCGUUCUGACACGCUGUCCAGAGCGCGGGAACAGCAUGACAGAGACCUUGCCGUCAUAAAGGAGCAGCAUGAGGCUGCUCUGUUAGCCCUGCAACAGAAGCUGGACUCUACCUCUCAGGCUUUGAAUGAACAGCUUGAUAUUGGUCAGAAGUUACGGGAGCAUGUGAAGCUGUUGGAGCGCCAGAGAGAAGAAGAGCAACUGGAGAGAGCCAGAGUGGUGAAUGCACUCACUCAGCGUCUGGAAGAGAGUCAACAACAAUGUGCCAAGCUGCUGCAGACAAAUUCAGUGCAAGAGAUGAGUCAAAUGCAAAUCAAACUACAGCAGGCACUGUCAGCCAAGGCCCUGAGUGAGAACAUGAACAAAGUUUUACAGGAGGAUAUGGCUGAUCUGAAAGAGCAGAUCGCUCUGUAUGAAUCUGCAGUGAAGCACGGUGUCAUUGCGAUAGACCUAAGCAGCAACUGGGAGAACCAGCUGUCUGAAUCAUGUGUGGAUUUGGGGUUGAAGAAAACAAACAGGAAAAAUGGCACGCUUAAUAGUACUGCUUUGGCUCACCUGUCAGACUCCAAGCUGCCCAAGGAUGAGGCUUUAAGGUUGCUACGAGUAGAGAUGCAGCGCUGCCUGGGUAGUUUAAAGGGGAAGCGGCAGAAGAUCAACCAGCUGCAGGAGGAGCUCCAGCAGUGUCAGCGUCGAGUGAAUGAAAUGCAGAUUGAAUUAGAUGAAACAAAACUUAACUCUGAGAUGAAAGAAACCAGCCAGAAGAAACAUCAAGACAUGACUGGAGACUCUCAAAAAGAGUUGAUGAGGUUACAGGAGGACAAAACACACUUGCAGGAACAAGUGGAGCUGCUAGAAAAGAAGAAUCAGGAGCUGAAAGAAAACGAGGAAAAACUGAAGUCUGCCAAUUCUGAGUUGUGCACCAAAAUGAGGGAGAUGAUCCAGGAGCUCGAUCAAGAAAAGCAAGAAGCUGCUGAGAGAUCUGAGCGGAUUCAUCAGCAGUACAGGAAUGAUGUGGUUAACAGGAUCAGAACAGAACUCAUGCUGGAACACAAUGCUCAGGUAGAGCGGCUGACGACACAGCACCAGCAGCAGCUUCAGCAGUUACAAAGCCAGCUCUCUGAAGCUAAUGAUAAGAUGCUGGCGGUACAAGAAUGUUACAUAUCUGUCUGCAAGGAGAAGGACUUGCUUGAAGAAAGCAUCCGCAGCAGAGAGAAGGAGGAGAAGUUGAUCAGAGAGGAGAGUGGCACAGCUAUGCAGAAGCUGAGAAGUGAGCUUGAGGCUCAGCAUCAGGCCUCAGUUAUGGAGCUCAAAGCUGUCUGGUCCAAAGAGAAAGAGGCUGAGUUCCAGCAAACACUGACUUCUCAUUUAGCAUCCGCUGAGGCUGCAUGGAAGGAGGAGUUGCAAAAGAUGGAGAAGACCUGGGCCCAGAGGUUGGAGGAGGCUACAAGAGAGGAACAUCAAGAGGUUGCUGAGACGAGCUGUCAGACGGAGGAGAAUGAGGUCAGUCGGACAAUUUCUGCUGAAGAGUUGGACUCCAGGCUCAGUGCCCAGAGACAGCAGCUGCAACUGGAAUCUGAAAAUGUCAGAAGGAAAGCUGUGGAGGAAGCCAGGAAACAAGUUCAGAGAGAGUUGCAGGAGAAACACCUGGAUGACAUGGCUAAACAAGUUGAAGGGGCAGUAACCAGAGCCUAUAAUCGCUGGAUUGAAGAUCUCACUUCACUGCCAGAAUAUCAAGCUGCUCUACAAAUUGAGAAGGAGAAAUGGGAACAACUGCAAGAAAAACACACCCAACAGAAGGUGUCCCAAGCCCUGAAGGAGGCGGAAGAGCAGUGGCGCAGGAAGCACAAGAACCAGCAGGAGGAGAACGGCUCUGGGCCACAAAGGAUGGAGGAGCUGCAAGAGGAACUGGCAGCCCUCCAGAGCCAGCUGGAGCAAGUGACCAGAGAGCAAGCUGCCUUAUUGAAAGCUGAGCUGGCUGGAGCGAGAGCAGCCUGGAACAGAGACAAACAGCAGGAGAUCGCCAUCAUCCGGGCCCGCAGCGAGCAGGUAUAUCAAGCCAAGCUGCAAGAGCAGUUCAAUAAGCUGGAGCAGGCUGUACUCCAAGCCAGAGAAGAUGCUGAUCUCCAAAAGAAUGAACUGCUCCUACAGAUGGAGGCCAAGCUUCAGCAAACUGUGAGUGCUCGUGAGGAGGAGUGGCGAUGCCAGCAUGCAGAAAAGGAAAUGAUCCAAGGAAAGCAGAUAAGAGAUGAACUACAAGCAGAGCUUCAGACUGCACUGGCAGAGGUCCAGGCACAACUUCUCAGGAAUACCAAAACGGAUCAUCAGGGUACUGAAGACACUCGGAGGACCAGCAGGGCUACAUCAGAGGCUACAAUAACACACAUCAUCCAAACUUCAUGCAGAGACAUAGUCCAAAGAGCAGUAGCCCAGGCUAAGAAGGAAUGGAAAACAAUGAGUGAAGAGAAUUUGAGCCGUGCUUUGAAGGAAACGCAAAAACAGCACGAAAGAGAAAUCAAGAAAAUGCAAACGGUCUUAUCCCAGCAAAGGGAGCAGUGUCAUUGCAGGAAGGAGUGCAGUGAAAGUGUAAGUAAGCUGCAGAAGAAGAAUCAGGAGCUCCAAAGACAUUUAGAGAAAACCUGUCGGCAACUCCAGCACAGCGUUAGAGAGCACAAAACUGCCAUACAGCAUCUCAAAGAUGAGCAUGAAAGCGUCUUACAGAGGGCAAAGGAGGAACAUCUGCAACAGUUAGAGGAAGUGAAGAGAGCAACAGAAUCAUCAGGAAGUUCUGGUCAGCAGCAAAAGCUUCAGCAAGGCCUGGAGGAGAUGAAGCAGCAGUACCUGAUGACUGUGGAAAAGAUCAGAGGAGACAUGCUGCAUUACCUCCAGGAAAGUCGAGAGCGUGCAGCCGAGAUGAUCCGCAGGGAAGUGCAGAGGGAGAGGCAGGACACUGCUAGAAAGAUGAGGCGGUAUUAUCUGACCUGUCUGCAGGAGUUAUUGGAAGAUGGAGGAAAGACCGCAGGUGCUGAAAAGAAAAUAAUGAAUGCUGCAAGCAAGCUGGCUGCCAUGGCCAAAGUGCUGGAGACUCCAAUCAAAAGUAAAUCAGCAAAGAACCAGAGUUUACAGAGUUAUUCAAUGGCUGUAUCCACCACUGGCUGCCCUCCAGGUAGAAACGCAGGUUUCACUAAGAACCUGCCAACCCUCACUGAGCUUCCUGACUUCAGGACAGAGGAGAGAUGCCACAGGGAAAAGACUUGUGCUGAUUCAGAACAGAAGCCAACCGCAGAUGUGAGAACUAAACUUUUGAGCCACUUGGACAUUACUGCAUCAAGGAGGGAGGAGACCUCUGUGGAUGAAGGGAUGAAGCCCCAAAAUGUUUAUACCACCCAGCCGUCGUACAAAUCCUCUCAUCAGACAGUUUCUCCAUCCCCCAUGAAUUUGGUCAAUGUGUCUGUGAAGUGUAAAAGCAGGGAGAUGUACAUGCAGGGAGGUGACUCGAGGAAAGCCGAAAACCAUCUGGAUUCACAGCGUCAGAGAAAACCUGUCCUCAUCCAGGAGGCUCCUGUCAGGGAUGAGAAACAGAAUGACUGGAGCAUGACUAGUGGUGACUCUGACACAGACUUCCAAGUCCCCAGACUGUCCUACUCAGGGAGGAAAGUGGAACCAGUGAAACCCUUUUCUGUGUCCGCUGCAUCAGCCAGCAACAUAGGGGAAUUCGGCAGUCUCAGCCCUGAUGCUUCUGACCUUACUGUUUAUAAUGAGAUUGCUAAGAAGACUCCUGACACAGAGACGUUUGUGCAUGCAAAGAGGAGUGUGCACAGAGAGCCUACUCCUGGCUCUGAAUGUGAGAAGCUGCAGGAAGGCUGGUCAAGGCCUCUGUUUUCUGAGUUAAAGCAGCGCCAACAGGACAGCGGCUUUGACAGUCCCUUCUACCAACAAAAAUAACAAGCGAAGGGCAGACAUGAGGUACAGUUUCAGUUAGCUCAUCAAAUGGUGCCUUACAGUGUCAAGUGUUUACAUUAUAUAAAAUUUUGUCCUGAAGGUGCUUGAACUUUGUGUUUGUUGAGUUAUUUGUUAGGCAGGGUUUGGCAGCUUUUUUUCUUUGCUUGGUGAGGAAGAUGUGAAGGCUGAUGAUUGUACUUAAGUAUGAAGCUACAGCAGCAGCAGGUUAGCUGAGUUCAGCAAAAAGGCUGAAAAUUAACUGAAAUGUUAGUUUGACUUUAAGUCUUAACAAAAUCGGUCUGCUCACAUGUUUGAAGCUUACAGAAGAGGAUCAGGCAUUAGCCAUUGAAAAAAAAUACAUACAUACAUUUUUAUUUUUGGGUGUGUUUCUUUCUUCUUGUUUUUUUUUUUUUUUUUAAAUUCUGGGGGGAAAAUACUCAUGACCCUCUCCAAUCUGGCCUUGAUCCUCAUCUGUAUAAACUCACCAUUUAACAUGUGAUCUUUUGUUGAAAUAUUAGUAAUAGUAAUGACAAGUUGUGGGCCAGAAAAGCAGACAGGAGGAGACCUUCAGAGAUAUCAGACAGAAGGAUUUCGCAACCUGCUGCUGACUACAGCAGGAAACCUGCUGUUUCAUAUUUACAAAGUACGUAUGGAGGAGGUUCAUGAUUAACUCUGCAGAAAGUGAAUAUGUAUGUUUAGUAUUGAAUUAUUGCAUUGUGUAAACAAAUGCAGGCUGCAUCUCAUAUAAGGAUUUAAAUGGCAAAGUCCAGUGAAGCAAUGGACCUUUUUUUUCUGUUUAAAACGUUUUCAAGUCUCCUUUUGUAAGUGACACUUAUAGAUAUAGAUAUUUAAAGGGACAUUUAAAUAAGUAUUUAAAUAUGCACAAAUAAAUGUGUUACUCUAGGCCCUCAAGUCAAAAUUCACGAGUUGCAAACAACUCAACACCUGUUUUAAUAUCUGCCACAGCAAAAAUCACAUCAAAAUAUGAGAGCCACCCAAGAGGCCUGUCUGUGCUGUAACUUUAAAACUUUUCUGUAUUUCUAGCACUCCAGCAAAAUAUAUUUCAACAUUUGCAGAUCUGCAAAUGUGUUUUUUUUUUUUUUAUCCACAUUUAUUAAUCUGCACCCAGAGAUCGCGCGCACACAGUAUUUGUUACACAUUUAUAAAUCUGAGUAUGCACACAGGCUGAAGAACAAACAACCUUUGACACGCAUUUGAAAAGAAUUGUGCUACAGUAUAAUCUAGUACACAUUGUACAUUUAUUUAGGUCAUAGGCUGUAACUGGCACACAGGAGUUCACUGAAUCAGAGAUACUCAGUCUACUCAGUCAAAUACUGGAUCCUUACUGGGUCACAUCUCCCCAGUCUGUGGUUAGGUUUUUUAAAACCAGUCAGUUUGUGUUUUUUAGUUGUUGUUUUUUUUUGCUUUUUUUAAAAAAAAUGUUUAUAUAUAAUGUUUAUAUUUAUAAGAUAUG